UUGUUUGGGGUCGAAGUGGAUUUGAGAAUCCGGGAAUAUCGAAGAGAAAAAUGCUUUAACCUGUGUAAAUUCAUUGAGUUAGAAAAGCUUGAAGACGUUAAUGCACAAAAAAAAGUUGUAGUUGAGGCUUACUUGCUUUUCCUCAUCCUUGGAUUACGGGACCUGAACGAAGGAAACACCGGCCUAAACCAAGAGAAAAAUAUGUGCAUUUUUGAUUUCAUGAUUGCGGAUAUCGAAGUUUAUCUGAGAAGUCAAAUGCUGAAUGAUUACAAGAACAAGAACAUCCUUCAAAAUAUAAGAAAAGCAUCCACGAUUUUAACUGGGAUCGGAGCUGAAGAGAGAAUGCAAAUUGCCGAGGAUGCUCUACCUCGUUGGGAUCGAAUCAAUAGUAUGACAAGAAAUGUCAUUGAUUCUGAGCUGAACGAAUUGCGAAAGCAUGGAAUUGAGCUCAAGACUACCUCAAAUGAUAUUGACAGCUAUCUUCACGAUGUCAAAUUGAAUUAUAUCUCAUUGUGUUCAGCUUUUCAAAAAUUAUGA